AUGGACUGUGUAUUUGAACCUGGGUUUGACCAAGCUACGGCGAAUUUGAUCAUUCAACUGCAACUUGAGGAUGUCAGCCUUCUCGCUGAAUAUUCGAAAGGAAAGUGCCGAGAACCUACAGAUGAAGAGCUGGCAUUUCAGCUACAAAAUGACGAAUUGAAAAGCAUGUCCCAGCUGCUCUUUGAUAGACGGAUGGCCAUGAGCGUCGCAACCGCGGUUCAGGCUGAUGCGCAGAUUUUGGUUGACAGCCAGGUAGAAGAGGAUGAAAUCGCUAGAGACGGGGAUAUUGCUCGUCAUUGGACAGAGAAUGGUGAACGUUCUGUCGCUGCGAAAGACUUAUUGUCUAACUCAGGUUCAACAGCCCUGGAUGAUGAGACUCUGUCUAAACUCCAGAUAUUAUACGUAUCUGGCAUUGAAGGUUACCAGAGAUUUGACCACUUGGACGAAACCGGUUCAGAAAGAGAGCAAGCCGAAUCGUCCGCUUGGGCUGACCGACGAAUCCGUCAGACUCCAUCACGAAUACAUCGCUGCGUUGCUUGUGCAGAAGACAAGGAAUUUGUCAACGUGGUUCGUGUACCAUGUCGUCAUGGAUAUUGUCGUGACUGUCUGGGAGAUCUUUUCAACGCUGCUAUUAUUAUUAUUAUUAAUCAAGUUUAUUGUCCGUAUCGAGCCCUAAAGCUAUGA